GUUGCUGACGGACGUUCUGUCAAAGUGAAAGCAGUGAAAUUUUUGGCACAAAAAUCUGGAAAAACUUGUCAUCUGAUCACCAGCAAAAUGCUAUCAUCGGGAUCAGCGGCGAUCGGAGUGAGCGCACUCACUGCGGCAAAUUACGGCAAUGACCGCAGUGACGUGGUCGAAUAUGCCAACGAGGGCGGAUUCUUCCAUGCAGAUUAUAAGAAGCACGACGAUCUGAAGCAGAUGCUAGACAGCAACAAGGAUAGUCUAAAGCUGGAGGCAAUGAAGCGGAUCAUCGGAAUGAUAGCCAAGGGCCGAGAUGCUUCGGAUCUCUUUCCGGCCGUGGUGAAAAACGUCGUCUCCAAGAACAUCGAGGUCAAGAAGCUUGUCUACGUUUAUCUGGUUCGUUAUGCAGAGGAACAGCAAGAUUUGGCUCUGCUGUCCAUUUCGACAUUCCAGCGCGCUCUGAAGGAUCCUAACCAGCUGAUCCGGGCCAGUGCAUUGCGGGUUCUGUCCAGCAUCCGGGUGUCGAUGAUCGUGCCGAUUGUGAUGCUGGCCAUUCGAGAUUCUGCAUCGGACAUGAGCCCAUAUGUGCGAAAAACUGCGGCUCAUGCUAUUCCCAAAUUGUUUCAUUUGGAUCCGGAACAGAAGGAUGAACUUAUCACGGUGAUAGAAAAGCUGCUGGCCGACAGGACCACUCUAGUGGUAGGUUCUGCAGUGAUGGCAUUCGAAGAGGUUUGUCCGGAUCGGACGGAUUUGAUUCACAAGAACUAUCGAAAAUUGUGCAAUCUUCUGGUCGAUGUUGACGAGUGGGGCCAAGUUUUGAUCAUCAACAUGCUGACGCGAUACGCAAGGACUCAGUUUGUGGACCCAAACCAAGAUGAUUUCAACGAUGAGGAAGACGAAGAGAACAAACCGUUUUACGAUGAAUCGUCUUCCGAGUCGGAACAACCGAAAAACGCACCGAAAUCUCCGAGGAAAACCUACGCUUUGGACAUUGAUCAUCGGCUGAUUCUGCGGCAAGCCAAGCCGCUGCUCCAAAGUCGUAAUGCGUCUGUUGUGAUGGCCGUGGCCCAACUUUACCACCACAUUGCGCCAAGGAACGAAGUCACCAUUGUGGCCAAAGCCUUGAUCAGGUUGCUGCGAAGUCACAAGGAGGUCCAAAGCGUUGUGCUCACAUGCAUCGCUUCAAUGUCCGUGGAGCGGAAAUCAAUCUUCGAGCAGUAUUUGAAGUCGUUUUUUGUCCGAUCGAGCGAUCAGACUCACAUCAAGCUGCUGAAGCUUGAUAUUCUUACCAAUCUGGCGACGGAGACGAGUAUUUCGGUGAUUCUGCGAGAGUUUCAAACCUACAUCAGUAGCAACGAUAAGGAUUUUGUUGCCUCGACCAUUCAGGCCAUCGGGAGGUGCGCUGCGUCGAUUCAUGAGGUGACCGACACGUGUCUAAAUGGGUUGGUUCAUUUGCUCUCCAACAAAGAUGAAUACGUGGUGGCAGAAAGCGUUGUGGUCAUCAAAAAGCUGCUGCAAACCCAGAAGGAGGAACAUUUUGACAUCAUCACACAAAUGGCCAAACUGUUGGACUUCAUUCAAGUGCCAGCCGCGCGGGCUUCCAUUUUAUGGCUGAUUGGAGAAUACAAUGAAAAGGUUCCGAAAAUCGCCCCGGACGUUAUGCGAAAGCUGGCUAAAUCCUUCAUCGACGAAGAGGAUGUCGUAAAGUUGCAGGUAUUGAAUCUCGCUGUCAAGCUUUACUUGACCAAUCCGCAGCAGACGGAACUUUUGUGCCAGUAUGUGUUUAACUUGGCCCGUUACGAUCAGAACUAUGACAUCAGAGACCGCGCCAGAUUUCUGAAACAGUUCAUAUUUCCGGCUGGAGGAAAGCAAACGGUUUUGUCUCAAAAUGCGAGGAACAUCUUCUUGGCCGAGAAGCCAGCUCCUACUCUAGAAAGCAAAUACCAUGGAAGAAAGCGUUUCCAGCUUGGAUCUCUGUCGCAUUAUUUGAACAUGAGAGCCAGCGGUUAUCAGGAUUUGCCUUCGUUCCCGGAAGUUGCCCCAGAUAGUUCCGUCCGAAAUGUGGAAGUUCCUACCGAGUAUGGCCAACCGAUGCACACCGGAGAUGCAGAGAAAAAAGAUGAAGGCGCUCCGGUCGGGAAGUCACGCGAUAAGAAACACGCAAAGACUAAGUCGUUCUACUCCGAAUCUGAGAAAAGUUCUUCGGAGGAUGAGACCAGCUCUGGUUCCGGUUCUAGCUCGAGUGGUUCGUCUGGUUCGGGAUCCGAAUCAGGGUCGGAAUCGGAAUCAGGAGAGGAAAAUGGAAACGAGAUAUCGAAGACAGCGUACAACGAAGUUGACGGCGCUACCAAGUCGAAAGAGGAAUUUGAGUCACUGUCAUCGGGAUCCGAAGAUGAGAGUGAGGACAGUAGUAGCAGCAGCAGUGGUAGUUAUGACAGUUCAUCCAGUGACGGAGGGAAUAGUUCCAGUGCGGCAAGUUCUGAGGCCAGGAAACGGAAUGCUAAACAGGAAAAAUCCACUAAAUCCGUGUCUAAAACGUCCCAACCUCCGCCGCCAAAAAGUAAUCUGGAUUUGCUGUUAGACUUGGAUGACAUUCCACCUGUUGGACCAAUAAUGACUCCUUCUCUCGGUGGUUUCUUAACCCCAAUGACCGGAAUAGCCGGUGAUAACCAGGUGCUGUCCAAUGUCGUAGAUCUGGUAGGCCCAAGUUACAUUCCCAACAAAACCCACGAGCUGCUGAACAAAGUCAACGGGUUCGGUCUUGGAAUCACCUAUCGCUUCACAAGAGCUCCGCAUCUCUACUCGGCCAAGAUGAUAUCUAUUGAGCUGACUUUUACAAAUCACGGCAACAUGGAGCUAAUUGACGUUCAGGUCACCAAGAAACACCUCCAAUCCGGAAUGUCGCUCAACGAGACACCAUCCAUCGAGUUGCUGAAUCCGAAACAAUCCUGGACCGGCAUCCUCGGGUUGGACUUCAACGACUCCACCCAACCAGCAAACUUCGAAAUCAAAUCCAAUAGCGGAACGAGCAAGGUUACGCUUAAAGCUCCCGUCGGGGAACUCAUCCGGUCGGUAACCUUACCAGAAUCCAUGUUCCACACGGAACGGUCCAAACUCCGAGGUAUGACCGAGCAUUCGUCCAGUUUUCCGCUGAAUCCUUCACUUGCAGCGCAGAACAGGUCCCUCCAUCAGAGAAUCUUUGAAGUGGCCAAUGUUGCCAACGUUCCGUGUUCCGAAACGGAUAAGAUUCUAUUCGCUGCCCAGACGAUGAGUUCGGAAAGUUUGGUUCUGAUUGUGGUGCAAACGAAAAAUGGCGGGUCGGAAUGCUCAUUGACUGUGAACUGUGACAAAAUGGUGGUGGGCUCGAUGCUAUUGAAUGAGAUUAAGGCAGCGAUCAAGAACUAAUGUUUAAGCAUUACGUUUAUAAUUAAUCUUUACAUAUAUUGUAGGCAAUUCUCAAAAUGGUGAAAAUCUGAAAUAUUGCUUGUAUACUAAAAAAACAUUAAGAUAAUAAAUGUCAUAGCAUGCGUCA